GGCCGCGACAGUCAUCUCGGAAGGCGAGGAGCCCUCCCCCAAAGAACUACCACUCCCACAGUGCUCCGCGCGCCAGCGUAGCGGCAGCCUUCAUAGGGGGAGGGGCAAAAUGGCUGCGGCUAAUCCGAGCAAGAGGAGUCGUGGCUGAGCUUAUUUCAGCUUGCAAAACUGAAGACAAAUUCCUGGCUAACAAUGCCUGAUACUAACACUUUGACAGAAGCAUCUUUAAGACUCAAAAAGAUCAUGUAUCUUGAGGAAGUAAAACCUCAUGUGUAUAUAAAAGCUUCAGGCUGGGGAAGAAAAUGAACCCACCGCACAAUUAAUACCAACUAAAAAAUUACUUUGCAACUGGUUUUCGUAUCAGUCGUUGAUUAAUCUUCAUGUCCAGCAUUAUUUGAUCCUGAUUUCUGAAUCAUGGGACGGACAGUCUUCUAGUACAUUACAUGAAUACUGCUAAACUGAGCUGAAAAGAUGCUGAACUGUUGAAAAAGGACAGCUAAAAAGAAUAGAAUACGUGGAAAGUAACCUCGCGUACAGGAUGAGGCAAUAUGUUCAAGUUCCGACAGUUGAACAGGAAAAUACCUAUGACUACAAUCCUGCAUGGGAGCCAAGUCCAUUUAUGCGUUUGGGAGUAUGCUGUUGCUGUUCUGCUUUGCGCCCUCGUUACAAACGUCUGGUGGAUAACAUAUUCCCCGAAGACCCCAAAGAUGGUCUUGUUAAAGCUGAUAUGGAGAAGCUGACUUUCUAUGCAGUUUCUGCACCAGAGAAGCUGGAUCGAAUUGGAGCUUACCUAGCAGAGAGACUGAGCAGAGAUGUUGUCAGACAUCGCUACGGGUAUGUUUUAAUCGCCAUGGAGGCACUGGACCAACUUCUAAUGGCUUGCCAUUCUCAAAGCAUUAAACCAUUUGUGGAAAGUUUCCUUCAGAUGGUGGCCAAGCUUCUAGAGUCCGGGGAACCAAAGCUGCAAGUUCUUGGAACCAAUUCUUUUGUCAAAUUUGCCAACAUUGAGGAAGACACCCCUUCAUAUCACAGACGCUAUGACUUUUUUGUUUCUCGAUUUAGUGCCAUGUGUCAUUCCUGUCACAGUGAUCCAGAAACACGAACUGAGAUCCGGAUUGCUGGAAUCAGAGGCAUUCAGGGAGUAGUACGUAAAACAGUUAAUGAUGAGCUCAGAGCAACCAUAUGGGAGCCUCAGCAUAUGGACAAGAUAGUUCCCUCGCUGCUGUUUAAUAUGCAGAAGAUAGAAGACCUUGACAGUCGAAUUGGCCCACCCUCUUCGCCUACAGGAGGAGAGAAAGAGGAGAACCCUGCUCUGCUGGCCGAGAAUUGUUUUAGAGAACUGUUGGGCCGAGCAACCUAUGGAAAUAUGAACAAUGCUGUUAGACCAGUUUUUGCACAUUUAGACCAUCACAGACUAUGGGACCCCAAUGAAUUUGCUGUCUCCUGCUUCAAAAUCAUCAUGUAUUCUAUACAGGCACAAUACUCCCAUCAUGUAAUACAGGAGACUCUUGGACACCUUGAUGCUCGCAAAAGGGAUUCGCCACGAGUCCGAGCAGGCAUUAUUCAGGUUCUUUUGGAAGCAGUUGCCAUUGCUGCUAAAGGAUCCAUAGGCCCAACUGUCUUGGAAGUGUUUAAUACUCUACUGAAGCACUUGCGUCUCAGUGUUGAUUUUGAAUUAGGUGAGAGGCGUAGCUCAACUGGCAGUGCCAGUUUCAGCACAAGCUCCAAAGAAAGCGACGAGAGGAUUGUCCAGAAUGCCAUUAUUCAAACAAUUGGGUUUUUUGGGAGCAAUCUCCCAGAUUACCAGCGGUCAGAGAUUAUGAUGUUCGUUAUGGGGAAAGUACCUGUUUUUGGGACAUCCUCACAUUCGCUGGAUACAAGCCACCUUGGGGAUUUGGGAACUAGGCGGAUUCAGAUCAUGUUGCUGAGAUCUUUACUUAUGGUGACUUCAGGAUACAAUGCAAAGACUAUUGCUGCUGCUCUUCCUGCCCCAUUUCUUGAUCCUUUAUUGUCUCCUUCACUCAUGGAAGACUCUGAACUAAGACAGCUGGUCUUGGAAAUAUUGCAUAAUCUUAUUGAUCGACAUGACAACAGAGCAAAACUUAGAGGAAUAAGAAUAAUACCAGAUGUUUCUGAUCUAAAGAUAAAACGAGACAAAAUUUCAAGGCAAGACGUGAGCUUCAUGAAGAAGCAUGGGCAGCAGUUGUACAGGCACAUCUACUUAGGCUGUAAAGAAGAAGAUAAUGUCCAAAAGAAUUUUGAGCUGCUGUACACGUCUCUAGCUCUUAUAACAAUCGAACUAGCCAAUGAAGAAGUGGUUAUUGACCUCAUUCGGCUGGCCAUUGCUUUGCAGGAUAUCAUCAUUAUUAAUGAGGAUAACUUGCCAAUGUUCAAUCGCUGCGGUGUCAUGGCAUUGGUUGCAGCCUACCUCAACUUUCUAAGUCAGAUGAUUGCAGUCCCUGCCUUUUGCCAGCAUGUCAGCAAGGUCAUUGAAACACGAACUGUUGAAGCACCCUAUUUUCUACCAGAAAACAUCUUCAAAGACAAGCGCAUUCUUCCCAAAUCUUUGGAGAAGCAUGAAAAAAACUUGUUUUUCCUGACAAACAAGAUUGCAGAAUCAUUAGGCGGCAGUGGAUACAGUGUGGAAAGAUUGUCGGUGCCAUAUGUGCCCCAGGUAACAGAUGAAGAUAGACUCUCCAGAAGGAAGAGCGUUGUGGACACAGUAUCUAUUCAGGUGGAUAUUCUGCCUGGCAACAACACAGAGGAUAAGGUCAAUAAUACUGAAGAAAUCACCUUUGAAGCUUUGAAGAAAGCAAUUGAUAAUACUGGACUUGAAGAGCAGGAGAAAGAAAAGCGGCGUCUUGUGAUUGAAAAGUUCCAAAAAGCACCUUUUGAAGAAAUUGCAGCACAGUGUGAAACAAAAGCAAACUUUCUUCAUGAUAGACUUGCACAGAUAUUGGAGCUCACCAUUCGUCCUCCUCCUAGCCCCUCGGGAACGAUGACCAUUACUGCUGGACAUGCUCAUUACCAAUCCGUUCCAGUCUAUGAGAUGAAGUUUCCAGAUCUUUGUGUGUAUUAAGUGUCUUCUGAAGUCUGCAGGACAUUAUUUAGAGUAGAGUACAAUAAACAGACCAAGAUGAGUUUUCAAGUUCUUUGUUAAUUUAGAUUAAGUAAAUAGUUUUUUAGAAAAAAUGGUGGACCUACAGCACAUAGGAAUGAUUUUUAACCAAACUUUAAGUUUUUUUUUAAAACUAUUCUCUAAUAUUUGACAUUAGGUUUGUUAUGUUACCUUAUUAUUUCACUUAGUCAUUUUUCAUAUUUUGGUAGGUUUAAAAGUCAGAAGUAAAUAUUUCCUCUUCUUUUGCCAGCGUGUGCUAGUGUUUCAGAGACCAAAAAAAUGAGUUUACAGAAAUAUAAUUUCCUAGAAUUGGGGGCUAUAUCUGCAAUGCCUGGUGGCUUCCUUCCACCUGGGUUUCCAGAUUUGGGUAGAGUGCUUUUGGCGUGCUUACUGUUACCACAUGUAUCAGUGGAGCGAUAUCUUAGCUCCCUAUACUGUUGCUGUCUAGUAACUAUUUAUUCCAUUAUUUUGAAAUACAUUUAAAUAGGCAACCUUUUACCUGUUCAGUUUCACUAAUAAAUAUGACUGGUCAGACAAUUGUUAAAUAUUGUUCCUGGUGAAUGAUUAACAUAAUGUGCUUUUUAGAAAUCCAGCACAUGUGCUGUUUCCUGCCGAAAGUUGCAAUGUUCUGCUUGAGAGAUGUAAAUCCCUCCUCUUGGACCUCUGACUUGUGCAAUAUUUUUCAUGUCUUGUGUGUAUAGUUUACAGACUAUGCUUUUGAAAAUGCAGUAGUAUUUUGCUGUCUGAAUUACAACAAAUAAAUAUAUAUUUAGUAUAGCAACAAACUGAGGGCAUUUUAAAUGGAUAAGUACUUUAAAUACUAGUUCAUUUGUAAAAUUAUAAGCACAGAAGAUAAGAUUAUAUGAAAUGUUGGUCUGUGUAGUUUAGUAAAAUAGGUUUUUAAUGAUAUUUUGCAAAUUGAAAGAAAACUGUGGAUGAAUCAUCUUGAAAGUUAUACAUUUAGAUGUGUUUUCAAACAAAAGCAUUUUGCAAUUAUAUCUGUAUACAUUUUUGUUGCAUUUGACAAGUCUUCCUGUGAUUAUUGAAAACUGAUGUGCUAACUUUCAUAGGUUUAGAUACCUGAGUAUAAAUUUAAAUAGAUACAAAGAACCUAACUUUUUGUUAGCUCGGUACAUAAAACUGUACUGUACAGUAAGUUGCUUGGCCCGUGAUGGUAAUUGACAAUGUUGUCUUCCUGACCCAUUGCGAAAUUCUGUGCAUAAAAAUGAAAAGUUCUAAUAGUCCAGUGCUCUGAGCGAGCAGUGAGCUUUGUAGUCUAGGUCUAGCUGGAUUUUCUGAAGCAACUAAUGUAAUCAACUUACAUUCUCAAUACUUAAAUAUAUGUUUUUAAAUUUAGUAAAUCUUUGAAUGGGUCAGGGCUGAGAUGAAUAGUGUAAUAAACUAAUAACUCUUGUUAUACAUUUAUUAGGAAGCUAGUCAAUAUGUUAACUGUCCUUGGCAAUUUCCACACUUGCUGCAAAAUGUAGGGCUUCUGGAUUUUUAAACUUAAGUACAAUGUUCCUUUAAACUAUCUUUAAAGGAGUGAAAUAGCACAUUUCCAGAGAAAUUUCAGCUAUUUAGACCUAUGAGAUGACACAUCAAGACUUUCAGGAAGCAUUCACAAAACUCAGAAAGGUAAUUGAGACCUUUUUUUCAGUUUGACAGUGCAAUCACAGCUGUUAGUGGAUGACGAAACAACCUCUUACCUACAGCAUUCCGUUGUGAUUGUUACUGCUGCAACGUAUCAUCCUGAUCAGACCAGAGUCAACAGCAUUAGUAGAACUCGUUGUCACCUUAGUUUUUAGUUUUCACUUUUUGUUUUUUAAGGUAAGAUAUUAGAUUUUGACCUAUAUAAACAGAGUGUAUUUUUUUUAAUUAGAUGUAAGCUAGGGACGCAAUGUAAAACAAUCAUCCACACUGAUGUGAUUUUUAUAAAGUAACACUGUGCACAUUUGUACAAAAAAGAAAUAGAAUUAAAGAGUCUAAAGAAUAAGAAACAAAGAAUGUACUUUCAUUUGCACUCUUGUAGUACGCAGACUGUGGUGUAUAUACAGAAUUUUCUCAGAUUAACUAAAUUCUGUUGCAUGUAUACUGCAUGUGAAAAAUUAUAUUCAGCAUUUCAUGUACCAUUCAUUUGAAGUCUGUUGACGAAGAAUUUUUUUCAUUUAAUCACAAGAUAGGUUCCCACAUGUCCUAAAUUCAGACUAGUCUUGUUCAGGAUGUGCAGACGUUAAGGCACUAAAGAUCUGUAAUCUUUUGGGAUUUUGCCUGAUAUAUAAUUUCUUUCCUGCUGAAAACGCAGAGAGUCUGCAAAUUGAGUACCGUGGCCACUUUGAACAGAUGAGAAUUGAGGAUUUGUGGAAAUCUGCUGCAUAAUAUGUUGUACUCAUAGUUUACUGUAAGUAAUACAUUGUAGGUAUUUUGAAAUCAAAUUGUUCAGAAUGCUGUUUUUAUGUAUACAGUUGCUUUGAAUCCCUUAUUUCUUUCUGGUCUUGAAAAGAGUUGCAGAGCUUAGAAUACAAAGUGUGCAUACUGGGCUUGUAGUGUCUGUGACAGUUUGAAUACUGUUUGAAUGUUUAUCACUUCAUGUCCAGUUGACAUUUGUAUGUAUUCCAGCUUGUGCUUUAAAUUCUUUUAAAUGUAAUGUCACUUUGAGUAAUUAUGGUUUUUGAUAGCAGUUCAUUUUAAGGUAAAUUAAAAUUAUGUUAAUUCAGAAGAAACAACAUGAGCCUGUUCAGAGUAAGGCUAAUUUGUCUGUUUUAUUGAUGCCCAUACAUUCUGUACGGUUAGUGUUGAACCACUUUCAUGAAAUGUAAGAAUACACUGUGCAGUGUACAUUUCAGCAAUAAAAUAAACCAAAACGUUAAAAUA